ACGAUCUUCGCCUUCAUGAAUAUGGAAGUUACGCUUGUUGCAGACAUCACAUCAUACGUGGUUGCGUGAUUAUUAUUUUUUAGCGUAGUGAAGAAUCACGUGAAACGAGACCUAUUUCCGGUGUGGUGUCGCGUUUAUAUCACUCCGUGUCUGCCAGCAGCAGCAGCUGGCAGGUAGCCGUUAGCCUUUAGCCGGGACAGAAACAACAACAUGGCGGAGAGCGACGUGCUGUCGGAGAUCGAGGUGCUGGAGUCCAUCUACCUGGACGAGCUGCUGGUCGACCGGAGGCCCGACGGGAUCUGGGAGGUGAGUCUGGUCCUGUACCCGUCCACAGCGGAGGAUUCUGUCUCCCAGUUCGUCCGCCUCACCUUGACUCUGACUCUGGAUCAGCAGUACCCGUCGUCCUCUCCAGACAUCGCCAUCCACAACCCCCGAGGCCUUUCUGACGACAAGAUCAGCAGUGUCCAGAAGUGUCUUCAGCUGGAGGCUCAGUCCUGUCUGGGGUCACCGGUGUUGUAUCAGCUCAUCGAGGUCACGAUGUGGAGCUUUUUAAUCAAGAGAAAACACAUGAUGAUACCUUUAUUUAUAUAUAUAUAUAAUAUCUUGUUUUCUCUCCUCCAGAAAGCAAAAGAAAUCCUGACAGAGAGCAACAUUCCUCACGGGAACUGUGUGAUCUGCCUCUACGGCUUCAAGGAAGGAGAGACCUUCUCCAAGACCAGCUGCUACCACUACUUCCACUCCCACUGCCUCGGCCGCUAUGCCAGCCACUCUGAGCGGGAGCUCCUCCAGAGGGAGAAGGAGCUGCAGGAGGACAAGACCCGGGGGGGGCCCGCCCAGCAGGAGCUCACCGUGGUGUGUCCGGUGUGUCGAGAGCCUCUCACCUACGACGUGGAUCAGCUGCUGCGAUGCCCCGCCCCCCAGCUGCCCGAGCUGGACGGAGCGGCCAUCGGCUCCACGUUUCAACACAAGUGGCGUAAACUCCAGAAGCUCCUGGAGAGACAGAAGGCCAGAGGCGGAGUCAUCGACCCGGAGGCGGAGUCUAACCGCUUCCUCAUCCACACCAACGAGGCUCCGGCGCCCGCUGCUGAAAAUGAAAACCUGGACCCCGACGCCCCCCCUGGAGUCCGGGUCCCGUCCUGUGAAGGGGACCGGUUUGUUCCUGAGCCGUCCCACUGCAGAGGAGGUCCGGCCCAGAGGUGUCAGAACCAGACGAGGGGCCCGAGGGGAGGGGGCCGGUCCGCACCGCACCACCACCGGAGACCCCCCCACGUGCCGGACCACCUGGACAAACUGUCUCUGUACACUGGAGGACCAAUCACGGCUCAGGGUCACCGACCGCCGGGCAGUGGGGGCUCUGCGGAGCCACGAGAGACCCCCCCACCCUCUGCAGACGGGCGAGGCCCCCCAGGAAGCAGGCGGGGUCCUCGCAAACUGGACUCGGACGGCGGGGUCCGCGGGCGCCAUCACUGGGAGGGGCACGCCCCACGGAGCAGAAGAGGGCCCGGGGGCCUGGACAGAGGGGGAGGAGGUGCUAUGACGAAGGGCAAUCGGAGGGACCAGAACCAGAACCAGCUUCUGCUCCCGGUCUCUGGGGGUCUCGCAGACUUUGACUGACAUUAGAGACACAUGGUUGUUGUUGUUGUUUUUUGAGUUGAAAGAACUACAAAUAAAAUGUUCUGGCUGUCA